AUGUAUUAUUCACCUCAUUAUUCGACACCACAGUACGGCUAUGGCUAUUCUACGAAUGGUGCUCCAACUACCGCAGUCUCCACUCCUAUGCCCGCGCCCCAGAAUGUACUGCCAGUACCUUCAGCGCUCAGCAACCAAGGAGCAAUGCAGCAGCCAGGUUACAGUAACAGUAGUAAUAAUGGCGCAUUCGACACAACUGGCCAGCAUAACCCCCCCGGUAUGAAGCCCAGAGUCACGGCUACCCUGUGGGAAGACGAAGGCAGCCUCUGCUUCCAGGUGGAAGCUAGAGAUAACCACAUGAUUAACGGCACGAAACUAUUAAAUGUCGCUGGCAUGACUCGAGGUCGAAGGGACGGCAUCUUGAAAAGCGAAAAGGUUCGCCACGUCGUCAAGAUUGGUCCCAUGCACUUGAAAGGUGUCUGGAUUCCUUACGACCGUGCACUAGACUUUGCGAACAAGGAGAAGAUCACAGAGCUCCUGUUCCCCUUGUUUGUCCACAAUAUUGGAGCACUCCUUUAUCAUCCGUCGAACUCGAACCGGACCAGUCAGGUCAUGGCAGCUGCCGAGCGCCGCAAGCACGAAGGACUCGGUGGUCAGAGACCCCCUGCUCCCAAUGCUUUGCCUUCCAUUGGACAGCAUCACCCAAUGAUGCCUGGUUUGCCAACCGGAGGCUACGUUCCUCAAUCUCUUGCAAGCACUCCCCAGCCUCUCACAAAUGGGUCCCAGCCCCCCAUGCCAAACGGAGGUGGUAUGCUUAAACGAGGGCGAGAAGAAGAAGAAGACCUGCACCGACCAGUCUCUAAUGGACAUGAUCACAUGAGUAACAUGCACGCAAUGUCUAAUGGUUACUCUCAACAGCCUCCCCUUGCGAAUGUACAUCAGCCUCCCCUUGCGAAUGUACAUCAGCCUCCUAUGCAGAAUGGAGGAGAUAUGCUCAAGCGGGGCAGAGAGGAAGAUGAUGAGGUUCAUAGGUCAGCGCAUAAUGCACACGACACCAUGAACAACAUGCCUGGUAGCAUGCCUGCUCUGUCGAAUGCAUAUGCUCAGCCUUUGCCGAACGUUCAUCAUCAGCCCCUUGCUAAUGGAGACGGAGGUAUGCUCAAGCGAGGUCGAGAUGAGGAUGAUGACGUUCACCGAUCAAGCCCCAAUGGACAUGAUUCCGCAGGCAACUUCGAAGUAAAGCGGCGUAAAACCAUAACAUCGAAUGACAGCAUGGUUUCUCCUGGCGGAUUCUACACCCUACACAACGGGUAUGGCCAGCCUGGUGUCAUGAAUGGCAUGAGCCCAUACAAACGACGAGAUGAUGAGGCGGAGACGCCACGGCCUGGCCCAAAUGUACAUGAUCACUUGAACAACUUUGAACUGAAGCGACACAAGACCAUGGAGACGAGUGUCCCUGCUCCCCAGUAUGACGCCAUGAAUCGCCCUCAUUCUAGCAUCGGCACCUCUCCCUCAUAUGCCCCUGCUCCUGUUUAUGACAAUUUGGCCCGACCCGCAUCCACUGUUGCUGCGUCUCCUUCGUAUCCUUCUGCCCCGGUUUACGAUACUGGCGCUCGGCCUCCUUCUGCCAUUAGCGCUCCUCGAAGACAGCAAUCUUUCGGUUAG